CUUUGGGCAGCCUCGGCUGCGGGCUUCUCUUCGCGACCUUCGGUCCCCGCGCAAGACCUAUAAGUCUACCAUUGAGGAUGAUCUGAAGAAGCUGAUCAUUAUGGACAGCGCCAGUGUGGAGCAGGAUAAGGAGCUGACCCCGCAGAAAACGCUCCAGCGGACCCUCUCAGACGAAAGCUUGUGCAGUGGUCGCCGAGACCCCACCUUUGCCAGCAGCUCCUGCUUCGAGCAACCCCUGUCCAGGGAUGUGCUGUUCACAAGCACGUAUCCCACUUGCACCCUUCCUGUGCGGAAGCCGGCCAGCAGCCCAGGGAGCCUCCUGGAGAAGGCCACUGUCUCGGCCUCUGAGCUCUCUCUGACCGAGGUGCGGGACCAGCCCCUGCGGCGCAUUGACCCAGCCCUGAUGCCGCUGCCGGACACAGCCGCUGGCCUAGAGUGGUCAAGCUUGGUCAGUGCUGCAAAGGCCUAUGAAGAGGGCCGUCUCCCUCUUCUCCCUCCAUGAGGCCAUGUUGAGUCCAGACACGCCACCGGCUGGCAGCCCUGGC